AUGACUGAUGAUAUCGAAUAAACUCUCUACAACGAAUUUAAAUUUCCAGGUUUUAUUUGCUUUUCAAAUUAGGUUCGUCUAGAAUGUCUGAUACUUUCAGACCAUAAUUAAUUUAAAUGGAUAUGUAAGACAUUCCAUUUAAAGAAAACUCUGAUUACGAUUCUAUUCCAUAAAUGGAUUCUUUAUAAAAUAUUAGGUUUAGAAAUAUUAGCAACUCAAAUAAUUAAGGUAAAGAAGUCAUUUCUUCAAAAACUAUUUAACAUCAUAAUGUUGAAAAAAAUGAUAAAAACAAAUAAUUGAAAAAUUUAGGAAUGUUAAAGAUGCUUAUAGUCAAUAAUCAUGUAAAUUAAUUUAUUGAGAAACUUAAAAAAAAAGCAUAUAUAUUUCCAAAAAACAAGAGUAAAUAAAUAACAGAGCAUUUACCAGAAUUUUUUGCUAAAAUAAAAAAAAAUUGGAGAAAGUUAAAAUAAAUUUCAUCAUAAGAUGAGAAUCCAAAGAAUUCAAUCAUAAAAGGAUUACCUGUCUUUAAUCCAGCAAGUAAAAUAAUGAUUCUUUGGGAAUUUUGUAGAGCUAUUUAAUUAACUAUUUUGUUAUGGUGGCUUCCUUAUAAGAUAGCAUUUAAUCCAUCAUCAAAUUCUAGUAUUGAUGCUUUUGAAAGUUCAUUAACAUAUUUAUUUGGUGUUGAUUUAGCUAUUAAAUUUAAUAGAGGUAUUUUUGAUUAAGGUAAGUUAAUAAAAAAAAGAGUGCAUAUAAUAAAAUAUUAUUUAAAAAAGGAAUUAUAUGAAGAUUUUAUUUAUUUUAUAACUUUAAUUUUUGUUAUAAGUGAUAUAGGAAUAAAGGCUUAUUCAUUUUAAGAAAUAAUAGUUUUAAUACAAUUUGUAUUAAAUUUUAUGAAACUUAAGAAAUAUCUUAUUAAAUAUGAAGAAACAUUUGUUGAAUCUUCUUCCUUAACUGAAGUUUUAAAUUUAAUUUAAUUAAUUAUAAUAACAUUUUAUUUUGCUCAUUUUAUGGCUUGCAUAUGGCAUUAUGUUGGAAUUAAGAGUGCUGAAUCAAAUUAAAUUUCAUGGACAUAAGAUUCAUAAUUUGAUGAUUCAAACAAAUUAUAAAUGUAUGUUUAUUCAUUUUAUUGGGCAACAACAACAAUGGUAACAGUUGGAUAUGGAGAUAUUUCUGGUAAGAAUAUUUAUGAAGUUAUUUGUGCAAUAAUUUUAAUGAUAUUUUCUAGUGGAAUAUUUGCAUUUUCUAUGAAUUAAAUAGGAUCUAUUUUUACAAAUAUGGAUGCUCAAAAAUAAUAAUAUAAAAGAAUUCUUUUAUUAAUUAAUUAAUAUAUGAAUAAUAAUUAGGUUGAAGAAUAAUUAUAAGGAAGAAUUAGAAAUUAUUUAAAAUAUCAUUUUCAUAAGUAAGAUAAACUUUAUAAAAAUGAAAUUAAUGGAAUAAUUGAUAAAUUACCUUCUAAUUUAAAAUAAGAAUUAAUUUAAGAUGUUUAAUUUAGAGUUAUGUAAUGUAUCCCAUUUUUUAAUAAAAACUUUUCUGAAGAAAUUUUACCUUAAAUAGCAUGUGAAUUGAAUCUUUAAUCAUAUACUCCUAGAGAAAUCAUUUAUCAAUAAAAUUAAUUAGAUGAAUGUUCUAUAUAUAUUGUUUGGAAAGGGGAAGUUAAUUUAAUUGAUGAUAAUUCUGGUAAAAUCUUAAAAAGAUUUACUACAGGAUAAUGUUUUGGUGAAUUAGAAUUCCUUACAAAUAAAAGAAGAUAAGGAACUGCAAUAAGUUGUGAUUUUAGUUAGAUAUAUAAUUUAUCUAGAAUGUAGUUUCUUAAAAUUUUAAAUUCUUACAAUAAUGAUUUUUAAUAAUUUCAUUAAUUAAAAGACUCUAUCCUUUUUCAAUAUACUUCCUCUCCUUUAGAAUGUUAUUGUUGUAAAGAAUCUCACUGUAUUUGGAAAUGUCCUUAUAUACAUUAUAAACCAGAUUUAGAGAGAGUUAUUAAAAAAGAGUUUGUUAAAGAAACUUAUUAAGAUAGAUCUUAUUUUAGAAGAAAAGGAGAGCGUUUAAGAGUUUUUAGAUAAGAGAGUAUCUAUCAAAGUACAAGACAUAUUAAAACAUCUAAUGAAAUUGAUAUUAAUUAACCUGUUUUUGGUAGUAGUAUACAAUAGGUAGGUUCUAUAUCUGAAUCUAAUGAAUCAGGAGAAGAAAGUAUUAAAUAUGAAAAAAAAAGUGAUUAAGUUCUUACUUUGUCUUAUUGUUAUCCUAGUGAUACCAAAAGAAAAACAAUUAAAUUAAAACCUGCCGCAUUAUCUCCAAAUUAACCAGCUGAAUCACCUAAAACACGUCCUGCUGAAAUUUUAAGAUAUGGGUAAAAAUAAAAAAAAACCUACUUCUUUUCUGAUUCUUAAGGGAUUAAUAAUAAUAAUAAUCCAUUUAUUAAAAGAAGGGAUUCUGCUAAAAGAAAUUCUUCCAUCAUCUAAAACUCUAAUUUUUAUAAAUAGUCUUCUGGAUAUGAAGUCGAUAUUAAUCAAGAACCUUUUCAAAUUAUAGAAGGAAUAGAUAAAUUAAUAUUAUAUAGUAAUUAUUUCACAGAAGGCAACUAUGAUAAAAUAAUUGAAUGCAACCUAAAAUAUUAAAAAAAAUCUAGAUUAAUGAGAAAAUAUUUGGUACCAAGCAAAUAUGCUUUUUUUAGAAUGUAAAAAUUUGAAAGAUUGAAAACACAUGGAAAAAAGAAUAAUCAAUGA